AUGCCGGGGGGCGGCGGCGGCGGCGCCGUCGGGCGGGUUUGCGCCGCGUGCGGCGGCCGCGAGAUCGAGGUGGACUCGGCGCGGGGCGACGCGGUGUGCACCGGCUGCGGCUCCGUGCUGGAGGACAACAUCAUCGUCUCCGAGGUGCAGUUCGUGGAGAACAGCGGCGGCGGCUCCUCGGCCGUGGGGCAGUUCGUCUCCCUCGACGCGGCAGGAAAAUCACAAACAGUUGGAGGAUUUCAUGUCAACUUGGGAAAGGAAUCGCGGGCGCAGACCCUGCAAAAUGGAAAACGUCAGAUUCAUCAUCUGGGAAACCAGCUCCAACUUAACCAGCAUUGCCUUGAUACUGCCUUUAACUUUUUCAAGAUGGCGGUGAGCAAGCACUUGACGCGGGGGCGGAAGAUGACACACGUAAUAGCCGCAUGCCUGUACUUGGUGUGCAGGACUGAAGGAACUCCACAUAUGCUCCUUGACCUGAGCGACCUUCUUCAGGUGAAUGUCUAUGUGCUGGGAAAAACUUUCCUCCUGUUGGCCAGAGAACUCUGCAUAAAUGCUCCUGCUAUAGACCCGUGCUUGUAUAUUCCUCGUUUUGCGCAUAUGCUGGAGUUUGGGAGUAAGAACCACGAGGUCUCCAUGACUGCCCUGAGGCUGCUGCAGCAGAUGAAGAGAGACUGGAUGCACACGGGGCGCCGACCGUCGGGCCUUUGCGGAGCAGCUCUGCUGGUUGCAGCAAGGAUGCAUGAUUUCCGGCGCACUGUCAAAGAAGUCAUCCGGGUGGUGAAAGUUGGCGAGUCUACAUUAAGGAAAAGACUUACAGAGUUUGAAGACACGCCUGCGAGUCAGCUAACAAUAGACGAGUUCAUGACAGUUGAACUAGAAGAGGAAUGCGACCCUCCUUCCUUUACUGCAGGUCAACGGAAGAUCAAGAUUCAGCAGCUUGAGAGCGAGCUGUCGAAAAAACUUGAAGAGUUGGAAGGUGAGAUAUCGAGCUACCAAGAUGAAAUAGAGAUUGAAUUAGAAAACAGCCGGCCGAAAGCGAAAGGAGUAUAUGCAAAUUAUAGCAAAGAUGAUUGCGUGGAAGAUAAUAUCUUGAGUAUAUUCGGUGAGGAGGAGGGAGAAGACGAAGAGCUGGAAGCAGCGGCCAACCAUUUGAACAAGGACUUUUACAGCGAGCUUGUCGAGAAAGACAAACUGCCGGAGAAGGAAACUGCCUCCGGCCCACCAGCCCUGGAGUCGCUGCUUGGCCCUCUCCCUACCGCAGCCAGUCUCGGGAUAACGGAAUCGAUAAAAGAGUGCAUACUGACCAAGGGUCGGGACCACAGCGAAACUACUGGAGACGGUGAAUUAGACCUAAGUGGAAUCGACGACAGUGAAAUAGAUAUGUAUAUACUUAACGAAACGGAAGCCAAAAUAAAAGCCGAACUCUGGAUGAAGGAAAAUGCAGAUUAUUUGAAAGAACAAAAGGAAAAAGAAGCCAGGAUAGCAAAGGAGAAAGAACUCGGGAUUUAUAAAGAACAUAAGCCCAAGAAGUCUGCAAAGAAACGGGAGCUGAUCCAGGCGAGCACAGCGGGAGAAGCCAUUGAAAAGAUGUUGGAACAGAAGAAGAUCUCGAGUAAAAUUAAUUAUAACGUGUUAAGGGACCUCAACAGCAAAGGAGGCAGCACGCCGAAGAAAGAGGAAGACGGUGCUGAUGACAGCGGCAGCACCAAGAAGCUGUCGAGAAGGAAAUCGCUCACGGCUCGGAACGCGGCCAACUCUGUCAACACCGUGGGGAAAAGGUUAAGACCAUUGAUUUCAACACAGCCAGCGAAAAAGGCUGCAACGGAAGAGGCGGUCGUCCUGAAUACACCAGUGGAGGCUCCAGACGCUGAAAAGUCAGCAAAUGUCCUUGUGGAGUCCGGGCCGGUCUCUUACAACCACGAGGAGGAAGUGGAAGAAGAGGACGUUGAAGAAGAGGAAGACCACUGUGUGAGCGCCCUUCAGCUAAUGGGAGGAAACGAUUACGGCUGCGACGUGGAGGAUGAGGAUGGAUAUUAAUCCCUUUUGGUCUCCG